AUGGAGCGGCUGCUGGAUCGACCGAAUGUCAUCUACACCAAGGCUGACCAAUGCCAGUAUGGACUACAGGGUCAGUCAGGACUUCCUCAAAGAAAAAGAACCGGUUUUGCCACGAACUCAGAAGCCAUCGCUCAAGCUCUGGGCAAGCUCUGCCCUGGCAACCAUGAACACGAAGUCAUCAUUGGUGGCAACCGGUCUCAACGAUCACAGGUAUACCCGGAGAAACUCCGAUCGGCCAUCUUGAAGGCCUACAGCCAGUCCAUCAGCGUGGACCAUGUGGAAGUGGUCAGCUCCGAGAGCAUGCUGGCCGAGAACCACCGGCUGAACUACCUCAUGGACACCGAGUUUCGGGCCUUAAAGGACCUACAACGGGGAGUACCUGCUGGUCACACCGAAUGCCGGGACCCCGAUUCUCGAACUCUUGACGACCCAGAUUCUCGCCUACCUGACCUACAGGACUAUGUCACGGCCGAGAUCUUUGCGAAUGAGGAGAACCGAGAACCACACGACCCGGAGAACCAAGAGGACGAUGGGGAACUACAACCAGAAGAUGAACAUGAAGAAGGCGAGACACCGGAGAACUCAGAACAACGAUUACCACUACACUCCCGUUUUCCCAUGGAACGUCUUCUCCAGCGAGCACACGUCGGCUUGGGCCACCCGACUUCGGAUAGAUUCGUGAGAAUCCUUCGGUACGCGAAGGCCAAACCCGAAGUCAUCGAAGCUGCCAAACACCUCCGGUGCAGUGUGUGUCAACGACACUCACAAGUGAAACCUGCUCGGAGAAGUGCACCGCCAAAGGAACUGGCAUUCAAUGAGUGCGUUGGAGUGGAUGUCAUCUUCUUACCGACGCUUGGCAGCAGAUCACGCCCCGCACUGAAUGUCAUCGACUGGUCACGCAAAUUUCAACUCAUGAUCCCCAUGGACAACAAGAAACCAGGCAUCACGGAGCGCCAUGGCAAGACCUUCAAGUACCCCCUCCAGAAGACCAUGGACACCUAUAGCUGUGCCGACAUGAAGGAAUGGGAAGAAAUGGUCGACAUCACCAUGAUGACCAAAAAUCGAAUGAUGAACGUUGGAGGUUUCAGUCCCAGCCAGCGGGUGUUAGGCUUCAACCCCUUUCUGCCCGGAGGACUCCUCAAUGGAGACGACGGCCAUCGAGGACAACAACCCGAAAUCAAGGUCGGCGAUCUCAGUAUCGAACGGUCAAUGAAACUUCGAAAGGCUGCAGCACACGCCUUUAUAGAAGCAGACGCCAGCAACUCCCUUCGAAGAGCAGUCGCCUCAGGGCCACGACCUGUCCUCGAGUACGACAUCGGCGAGAUUGUCUACUUCUUCCGGAUGGGAGCCGACAAGAAACUGAAGUUCAAACCGUGUUAUUGGCAUGGACCGGCAAGAAUCAUUAUGAUCGACCAGCCCAGUACUAUCUGGCUAUCGUACCAGUCCCAACUUGUCAAGGCCAGUCCUGAACGAAUCAGGAGAGCUUCAAUGGAAGAAAACAUGGCCAUGUCAGGAUGGCUGGAAGACCUCGUGAAGCUGAAGAAGGACAUCACCACGGAGCCGAUUCGAGGUUUCCUGGACCUGUCCGACCAACCGCUCCCAGAGAUCCUUGACGAUGAGAACAACCAUGAAGAGUACACCCCGACCGAACCGGAUGAAGACCACAAGAUGAACUGGUCUAUGAUGACAGAGAACCACUUCCUGCAGUACCUGACGACCAACAACCGGGAGAACAUCAACAAGAUGAAGCCGCUCUCCGACCUCCAGAACCUGAACAUGAACGAGAAAAGAGGGCACAUGAUGAAGAAGAAUUGGAUGAGCACCCCAGCAAAAGAUCCCGACUUGAAUAUCUUGAAACCUACCUCCUCAAGGUUGAGAACUUGA